GAUUCCUCAAUCAGACAAUAAACGGCUUCUGAUGAGCCAAAAUGUUUAAACAUUUCAUUUCAAUCGUGUUAGUCACAACAUGGAUUUUAGUGGUACGAGUCGAUGCUCUUCCAGACGUCAUUUACGUGGGUGGAUUAUUUGACACGACUUCUGAUUCAGCUCUGGAAAUGACUUUCCGCUACUCGAUGCAAAUGGUUAAAGCUAACCGACAGAUUUUGACUCGUUCGCGGUUAUCCCGCGUUCCACCCGGCACUGGCAAUGUCGAAUUUUUACCUCCGAACGAUUCGUUCCUUGUCUCGAAGAAAGUUUGCCAAAUGAUUCGCUUUGGAGUGGCUGCAAUUAUUGGUCCCCAGUCGGAAGUGUCAGCUGAUCACGUUCAGUCCAUGUGUCAAACGAUGAAAAUCCCGCACAUUCAGACACACUGGGAUCCUAAACGUACCACUGCCAUGGACCUUCUUAAAAAUGAAGAUCAAGGUUACAAUGGGAGGAAAAACAAUAGUCCAAUGUCUGUGAAUCUCUAUCCUCAUCCAGCGGCUGUCAGUCGGGCCUAUGCAGAUGUAAUUAAGGGUUGGAAAUGGAAGACUUUUACCGUUCUCUAUGAAGAAGAAGAUGGAUUGAUUCGACUCCAGGAUCUUUUGCAAUUAUCUAUAAACUCCGGUUACAAAAUAACUGUGCGACAAUUACCCGACUCUGAUGAUUAUCGCCCUUUGCUGAAGGAAAUGAAGAAAAUGGGAGAAAGAAAUAUCGUUCUGGACUGCUCGCAACUCAGUCGUGUGUCUGAGGUACUUCAACAAGCUCAGCAAGUUGGCAUGACUACUUUGGCCCAGUCUUAUUUCAUCACAUCUCUGGACAUGCAUAUUUUGGAUUACGAAGAAUACAAGCAAGGUGGUGCUAAUAUAACCGGCCUCCGAAUGAUCAAUCCCUAUCGAAGAGAGACAAUCGAUACAGUCGGCAAAUGGAAUAUUUGGGAAAUGAGUGCGGGAAAAAACCUGAAUGUAACAGAGAAAACAUUGACGCUAGAAGCGGCGCUGGUGCACGACGCUGUCCAGCUGCUUGCUAAAGCGUUACACGAUAUGGGCACAAACCAGGAUAUAACGCCCAGGUCGUUUAGCUGUGAUGGAGUCGAUUCCUGGGCUCAAGGAAACAACCUUGUUAAUUUCAUAAAAACGACAGAAAUAGAGGGACUUUCUGGAACGAUAAAAUUUGACUCGGAAGGAUCGCGCUCAAAUUUCAAUUUGAGUAUCGUAGAACUUCAAACGGAUGGUUUGACGGUGGUAGGAACUUGGAAUUCGAUUGAAGGAGCAGAUUUCAUCCGAUUACGACCCGACGGGCAAAGUUUAAUUCAAGAAAGUCUCUUCAACAAAACGCUUAUCGUGUCCACUAUUUUGAGCAAUCCCUACUUUAUGAUGAAAGAAUCAGACCAGAUCUUGAAGGGAAAUGACCAAUUUGAAGGUUUCGUUUUCGACAUCAUCGACGAGAUUAGCAAAAUGCUGGGCUUCCAUUACAAAUUCAAAUUGGUUGACGACUCCAAUUGGGGUUCACUCAACAAAAUGACGGGCGAAUGGAACGGAAUGAUAAGAGAACUUUUAGACGGGAAAGCUGAUCUGGCAAUUGCUGAUCUUAGUAUUAACUACGACAGAGAAUCUGCUGUUGAUUUUACGAUGCCAUUUCUAAACACAGGAAUAAGCAUUUUAUACAAGAAGCCACAGAAAAAACCUCCCAAUUUGUUUUCUUUCCUUUCACCGCUUUCGGUGGAAGUAUGGAUCUACAUGUGCACUGCUUACCUGGCCGUCUCAUUGUCCAUUUACGCCAUGUCGAGAAUUACUCCGUACGAAUGGAACAACCCCCAUCCGUGUCGGCAACAGCCAGAUAUGUUGGAGAAUAACUUUACUAUUUUGAACGCCAUGUGGUUCACCAUCGGGUCCUUGAUGCAGCAGGGUAGUGACGUCAUGCCCAAAGCCACGUCGACUCGUAUGGUUGCUGGAUUGUGGUGGUUCUUCACACUCAUCAUGAUUUCUUCGUACACUGCCAACUUGGCUGCUUUCUUGACUGUCGAGCGUAUGGACUCGCCCAUUUCAUCCGCUGAAGAUUUAGCCAAACAAACUAAAAUCAAAUACGGAUUAGUAGGAUCGGGCUCCACCCUGGAUUUUUUCCGAUAUUCCACUCUUCCAACACAACAACGAAUGUGGACAUUUAUGGAAACGACUCGUCCGAGCGUCUUUGUCAAAAACACAAAAGAAGGAGUUGAAAGAGUGCAGCGUUCCAAUGGCCAAUAUGCUUUCUUCAUGGAAUCCACUUCGAUUGAAUUUUUCACAGAGAGGAGAUGCGACUUGAUUCAAAUUGGUGUCCCAAUGGACUCGAAAGGCUACGGCAUUGCUAUGAGACCCGGAUCUCCAUUUCGUGCUGCACUCAGCCAAGCCGUUUUAAAAAUGCAAGAAACUAAUCGUCUUCUGAUUUUGAAGAAAAAGUGGUGGGCAGAGAUGCGAGGUGGAGGAGCUUGUAAAGACGAUGGUACCAAAUCAGCUGCCAGCGCAGCAGAACUUGGUUUGGCUAAUGUGGGUGGUAUUUUCGUUGUGCUCAUUCUCGGCUCAUCGGUGGCGUUCUUGAUCGCGACAGGUGAAUUUGUUUGGAAAUCACGCAAAUUGGCACUCGAGGAAGUUGAUGGAGGCGAAGGAAGCGUCUGGAAAAGUAUGAUGUCUGAACUGAAAAUGACACUAGAUUGCUCUAGUGACACGAAACCCACACGCUCUCAACGUUCGCUAACAAAUUCUUGAAUCGAUCGUUAUAGGCCAUCUAUUAGUCUUUCUUUUUCUGCAACAUCGAUUGCUGAAUUUGUGAUGACUAAUAACGGAUGAUUGUUAGUUUGAAAUCAUCUUUUCGCGUUUGUUGUAUAUCUUUGAAAGCUAAUACCAGAUUUUGAUGGCUAUGUAAUAAAAGAAUAACGAAAAAUAA